GAUCCCCGGUGCCCCACCUCCUGGCGUCACAGGUCAUUUCAGCAAACUUGGGGAGGGCUGUCAUCGUCAGCCCACUUGAAGUUGAGAUUGAUCCAUCUGCCUUUCAAUCAGCACGAUAUUCAACCCGCAGUUGCAAUGGGAGUAAGUCCAAGUCCCCUUUUUCCGAGACUCUUUCCGUUACCCCUCCUUCCCUGGUUCUUGGUACUUCCCAGCGCCGCAGAACACAAGCCAUGGAUAGACCCAUUCAUCGAGCCGAUCCUUAUAUACACAGUCGGCUCUGGCGGAAACCCCUCUCGCGCUCACGUUCCGAAUGUCGUGAAUGCCAUGACUGACGCUUUCCUCUCCAGUUAGCAUCCAAACUCGCAGCCGCGCAAGGAGGUGCGCCAGGAGGUGCACCACCGGGAGGAUACGGUGGAUAUCCAGGCGGACCUCCCCCUCCAGGC